AUGGCCCCGUUUGAGGCCUUGUACGAUUGGCGUUGUCGCACUCCAGUUAGUUGGUUUGAGUCUACGGAGCCUAGGUCGCGUGGUACAUACUUGUUUCAGGAGGCCUUAGUUCAUGUUAGGUUAAUUAAGGAUAGGAUCAGGACGACUCAAAGUAGAGAUCAGAGUUAUGCGGAUCAGAGGUGUCGAUCGUUGAGAUUAGCGACUGGUGAAUGGGUGUGCCUCCGAGUUUCGCCCAUGAAGGGCGUAAUGAGAUUUGGGAGGCGGGGAAAGCUUAGCCCCAAGUACAUUGGGCCUUUCGAGAUUUUGAGGACAGUUGGUGAUGUGGCCUAUGAGUUAGCUUUACCCCCAACAUUCUCAGCUGUUCAUCCUGUUUUCCAUAUUUUGAUGUUGCGCCGGUAUGUUCCAAAUGAGUCUCAUGUGCUCCAGUAUGAUGCCGUUAAGUUGGAUGAUUGCCUGACGUAUAUUAAGGAGACAAUUGCUAUUUUGGCCAGAGAUGUGAGGCAGCUGAGGUUUAGAGCCAUUCGUGUGGUGAGGGUCUGUUGGAGGCAUUGUCUAGUCGAGGAGGCUAUCUGGGAGUCCGAGCGGAAGAUGCGGGAGAAAUUCCUAGCUUAUUUGAGACCUCAUGUUCAAGCACAAGCUAUAAGCGUUGAGGUCAAGCCUGCAACGGUCUAUUCUGGAGACGAGGGUGAGCACAUGGCGUUCUGGGAUUUCCUGUUCUAG